GCUAGCGCCACCAGCAGCACAGGGGUUCAGUACGUUGUAGACCGCUGAGGCACUGGUACAUAGCGUAGCGAUACGCCUUGCAUCGAUACGGGCCGCGCUCGCGCGUCAACGACACGCCUGCGCCGGAUGCACCCCAUAAGUGCAGCGGCGAUGAUUCUGUGCCUGCGAGGCGCGCGCGCACUCCGAGCGGGCGUGCGACCGGCGCUGCAGCGCGCGCCGCGCCGCCGCGUCGCCCUCACGGCAACGCAAGACUGGGAGAAGCUCGGCAUCGGCGAUAAACUAGUCGAGGCCGUCGGCGCGAUGGGCCUGAGCGCGCCGACGGACGCGCAGCGCGACGCCAUCCCCGGCGUGCUGAACGGCGAGGACUUGUUGUUUGCGGCGGAGACGGGCUCCGGCAAGACCCUGGCGUAUCUCUUACCAACAAUCGCCCGGCUCAAGGCCGAGGAAUUUAAUGUAGACAAGCUCGACGAAUUAAGGCGGCCGAACCGGCCCCGCGCUUUAGUGCUGGUGCCCACGAGAGAACUCGCGGCGCAAGUGCAAGCCGUCGCCAAGGAGCUGAGCCACCACGCGAAACUUUCAGUCAGAGGCGCCUUCGGCGGUUCUGAUGGAGUCGGCAAGCAGCGAAAUACGCUCAAAAAAGGCGGCGCCUACGACUUAUUAAUAGCGACGCCGGGCCGCUUCGAGAAGCUCUGGGAUUUAGGUGAUGUCCACCUGUCGAAGUGUUCGGUGGUCGUCGUCGACGAGGUCGACACGAUGCUGAGCCAGGGUUUUGGGGCCGAGCUCGAGAAAGUUUUAAAAGCUACGACGGAGCGCGAGAAGCCGGCGACGGUGGUCACGACGACGGCGACGCUGACGAAAGCUGUAAGGAGGGCCUUCGGCGAUCUUAGUGAGAGGGACGAGCGGUGGCGGUUCCUGCCGGAGCUGCGGACCGUCGAGACGCGCGGCUUGCAUAAAGCGACCGAUAGGUGCCGCUUGGAGCUAGUAGAUGUGGUGGGGAAGGACAAGCUCGAGGAGCUAUUAGUUGUACUAAAAAGGGCGCCGGAGAAGUGUCUGAUCUUCUGCAACACCGUGAAUUCCUGUCGGGCGGCGGAGCACUUCCUUUCCGAGAGGAAUGCGUGCGAGACGUUCUCGUACCACGGCGAGUUGAAUUCGCGAGAGAGGGAGGCGUCGCUCAAGGCGUUCCGGGACGAUGACAGAGAUGGUGCCCUGGUCUGUACCGAUUUAGCAGCACGAGGCCUAGAUAUCCCGGACGUCGACCACGUCGUCAUGUUCGACUUCCCGCGGAACCCCGUGGACUACUUACAUCGAGCGGGCCGGACCGCGCGCGCGGGAAAGUCGGGCAAGGUGACGGCGCUCGUCGCCAAGGCCGAUCGCGUCCUGGCGAGCGCCAUCCAGAGGGCGGUGCUGAACGGCGAGCCCGUCGAUGCCUUGAGCGCGGACAAGAAGGCGUACCUGAAGGGCGGUGCUUUACAUGUCCCCUCGAAGUCGGCCAAGGGCCGGGCGAGGAGGGAUUUGAGCCGCGCGCGGAAGCCGAAGCCGAAGACGCGGCGGUCGAGGUAAGGGUUGUAGUAUAUUUGCCUUCCGCUCGGCGGCGUGAG